AUGGAGAGUAAAAAAGCACAAGGACAAGGGUAUCUAAAGAAGAAGGCUAGUAUAUCAAGUUACCUUGUGGAUGAAGAAUUAGAGAAUGAUACGGAUGGAGAAGAGGAAGUUGAGAGAUGGGAGGAGAAGAGGAAAGGAGUGAUGGAUAGGUUAAAAGGAUCUAGCAGCAGCAGCAGCACCGAGCGUAGCUCAUUGCGGCUUUGCCAAGUAGAUAGAUGCACAACUGAUUUGAAAGAGGCUAAACAGUAUCACCGGAGACACAAAGUGUGUGAAGUUCAUGCAAAGGCAUCUUCUGUCUAUCUCGCAAGUGUUAAACAACGCUUUUGUCAACAGUGCAGCAGGUUUCACGAGCUCCCAGAGUUUGAUGAAGCUAAAAGAAGCUGCAGGAGACGCUUAGCUGGACACAACGAGAGGCGGAGGAAGAGCUCUGGUGAGAGUUAUGGAGAAGGGUCAGGUGGCCGAAGAGGAAUAACUGGUCAGGUGGUGCAGAAUCAAGAAAGAUCAAGGGUAGAGAUGACACUUCCUAUGUCAAACGCAUCAUUCAAGCGACCACAGAUUAAAUAG